AUAUAGAUGCAUUUAACUAUACACAAUAUUUAUGGGAACAACGUCAAAAUCGUAUAUUUCGACCUCCAUUUGUAAGUGAUCAAACAGAUUACUUUCGAUGGUACAUAAGGCAUACCCGCAUGGUCAUUGGAAAUCCACAACAUGUUGUACAAAAAGGGUAUCAACACAUGGCAGGAAGACAUGAGGCAUUAGCUAGGGGUCAUGAAAUGCAGUAUCGUCGAGCUCGGAUGAUUGAAAAUGAUGAAAAUCAAUCUAAUGAAAUGAGACAAUAUGCAGCGGAAGUCGCUCGUAUUUCAAUGGAGUCAAUGAAUGCGGCCUUUCAGGAAACGCGAUUGAGCUUUGAUCCUGAUUACAAUCCUCCCACUCAAUACGAUGAACCACCACCAGUACAAGUAUCUCGCCGAUCACGACAAACAACACCGAGAGAGGGUGCUUGUCGAGGUAGAAGGACCACUGGUGAAACAACUGAUUUUUCUGCAAGGCCCUCUAACACUAAUGUGGCGACUCCAGAGCCUUAUUAUCCCACAUUUGAUUUUUCUGCAGGGCCCUCUAACACUAAUCCGAAUUUUUCUAGUCAGCAAACAGUUGGUUUUGUAACUCCGCAGGUUCCAAUAUCUGGGUUUGCACAAUUUAGUGGUUCUCAAUAUGGUUUUCAACAUGGUAUGCGUGAAUUUUCGAUACAUAAUUCUCCAUUUGGUGGAAGAUUGAAUUUUUCGAAUGUAAGUAUAAUUAUUUUUAUACAAUUUUUUUAACUUUUUAUAAUUUUUUUUAUUUUUAUUGCAUGUUUAUUUGAUAAUAUUAUGUUAUAUUGUAUUAUAGGUAAUUGCGUUUGAUGAUUCAAGAUUGAAUGCUGGGGCUUCACAAAAUUUAGUUCUUAAUAGACAAAAUCCACCUCGGAGAACAUCUAGGCUACACAAAUCAACUAGAUAUGGAACAGGCAGUCACUAUCAAAAUGAGGAAGAUUUUGAAAAUGAAGAUGAAAAUGAAGAU